AUGUUCUCGACAUCGGCCGUCGAUGCCCAGGUCACGGCACUUCGAGAACAAAUCCAGGCCACCGAGGACCAACUCUCCCAGCUUCGAGAACAACUAGCUCACGCCGAAGAAGCCCAACACCGCGCCCAAGAUGCUGGCAAACUCGAGACGGACUGGCAACAAGAGAUUAUGGGAGCCUUGAACAAUCCACAACAUCAGUACUAUCAGCAUCAACCACAACCGCAGCAGAGAUUCUCUCUUAGCAAUGCCGAGUUCAAGCGCUAUGGUCGCCAACUCAUCAUGCCGCAGGUCGGCCUACAAGGUCAACUGCGUUUGAAAGCCGCUCGGGUUUUGAUUGUCGGUGCUGGAGGUCUGGGUUGCCCAGCUGCUGCAUAUCUCGCUGGCGCAGGCGUCGGUACUCUGGGUCUGGUAGAUGGCGACACUGUCGAGGAAUCAAACCUCCACCGUCAAGUCGCUCACUCGACCGAUCGCAUUGGCAUGUUCAAGGUCGAUAGUGCUCUGUCAUAUCUACGGAACUUGAACCCGAAUGUCAACUAUAUUCCUCACCGAGCACAUCUUACCCCCUCCACUGCUCUGGACAUCUUUGACAACUAUGAUUUUGUUCUUGACUGCACAGAUCAUCCGACCUCACGCUACCUUAUCUCAGAUGCCUGUGUAUUGUCAGGAAAGCCUCUAGUGUCAGCAUCUGCUUUGCGGACGGAAGGUCAACUGACAGUGCUCAACAACCCUCCUCGUGCACCCGGUGCAUCAGACGGCGGUCCCUGCUAUCGUUGUGUGUUCCCGCGUCCACCACCUGCCGAGUCGGUCGUCAGCUGCGGCGAGGGCGGCAUUCUUGGACCUGUAGUCGGUGUCAUGGGUAUCUUACAAGCCCUCGAAGCGAUCAAGCUUAUCACUGCUUCUCCAGAAACGGCGACUCCUCCACCGUCGCUGCUCCUGUUCUCUGCCUACAGCAUACCCCAGUUCAGAAAUGUGAAGCUACGCUCGCGGCGUGCUGAUUGUACCACGUGCUCGGCAAAUCACACAGUCACCCCUGCCAGCUUGACUUCGGGCUCAAUGGACUACAUAGCCUUCUGCGGUGUAACGAACCCAGUGGAUGUGCUGCCAUCUUCCUCUCGCAUCAGUGCUAGCGACCUCCUAUCCACUCUCUCCACCACCUCACCACACGACGACGACGCGCCGGUCAUCCUCGACGUCCGUGACCCUACUCAAUUCGAACUUUGCAAUCUACCCAGCAGUAUAAACCUUCCAUGGCAAGGAUUAUCGACCCGUCUUCGCGAAGACCCUCAAGUCAUGGAAGACUUGAAGGAUAGGGAUGUGCUGGUUGUGUGUAAAUUAGGCAAUGACUCUCAAUUAGCCGUUCAAAUGCUGGAAGCAGCAAAUCCAGGCAUCAGAAGUUUGAAGGACGUAAAAGGUGGUUUCCGAGCUUGGAGGAACGAAGUAGAUCCAGAAUGGCCCGAUUACUAG